UCGACUUCGGCACGGCUGCUCUGCUAGCUGAGAUAAGGCGCCACAGGAGCGCGCGCGAGGCUGCUACGGCAAUGGAAGAGCCAGCGGCUGCUACGGCAAUGGAAGAGGAAGAGCCAGCGGCAGCGGAGCGCAGGCGCCAGCUGCCGUGGCGCGGCACGGUGGCCGUGCAGGCUGCGCUGUGCCUCGCGCUCUACGUGGCCUUCAGCCUCGGCGAGCCGCAGCUCUUCCCGCGGGGCGGCGGGGUGGACGCGCUCGGCCGGGGCGUGCGCGGCGGAGGCGUCGCCUUCCUCAGCGUCGCCGGCGGAUCGCGGGCGCCCGCCGAGCAGGCCAAGCUACUGAGACAGAUGGAGGCUAUUGCAAAGGUUUAUGAAGUCAAGUUCGUGCUGGAUGUUGCUCGGUCUGGAGAGAAUGAUCCACUUUGGCAAACUGGUUCCAUGUACUUCCAAGAUCUGAAUAUACCCUGGUAUUCCACCACAUCAUCACAUGGUCGGAUACUCAGUAACUUUGUGAAGAAAGUGAAUAUGUCGUACGAUCAGGUUCUAGAUAUCAUUGGUCUGGACACUGGGGCUCUGCAGGAACCUCUACAAGAUGGAAAAAUAAGCACUUCAUAUAGGGAACAAACUAAAUGGUUGGAGCGAUCAUUGGCACUCACCAGUGGUAAUUGGAAAAUAGUUGUUGGAUAUAAUCCAUUAGUUGUUUGCAAUGAGGCAGAAGCACCAGAGAUAAUGAAGUUCUACACACCAUUUCAGCGUAUUUUCACAAAAUAUGAAGUGAACGCAUAUGUAAGCACGGGUGGACUUUGUGGAUACUUCCACCGUGACAAUUCAAUCUUGUACAUUGGACAUCCCAGCCCUGGUGGUGACCAAAUAGGUGUAGAUGGUUUCUUCCUGCACAGAGUUAAACCCCUAGAGAUGGAGUCAAUGUUGAUAAGUGUACAAGGAGAGGUGAUUCAGAGAUCUGUUGUUCACCAGCGUGGAACGGGAGCCAUGUGAAUCUUAUGACUUUCAGUUUCUCUGUUCCGACAUGUCAUAGUGCAGGGCACAUAAAAUGUAUUGGACCCAUUCAGCUUUAAAAUUUGUACAUUGACACAUUUCUUUGUUUGCCUGUUCCAACAUAAAUUUGUUUUUAAGGAAUUUCGAGCGCAUUUUUUUAAGAAAGCGGAAGCACUACCAAUGUAUUUAAGAAA